GGUAUAGUAGAAGGUGCUCUACAGCGAAAGAAACGCAGGCAGGCGCAGACACCUUCACGCACUGAGCAGAGGUUUGCGGUUCGCAGUUUGUGUGGCGGCCGGGACCCGAUCUUUUAAAACCAUGCUGGAUUGACUGCAGAGAGGCAACUACAAUCAAUGGCUCGGCUUUGAAAUCGUUCAAAAUUUAUUGGAAAGGAGUGUGAGAUAGAGCGACAGCGAGAGAGAGGGGGAGAGAAGCGAGGGAGAGAGCGAGAGUGGCGAGAGGGGUGGAAAUAAAGAUCCUUCCAACAAUGGAGCUUACAAUGGAAAACAUUGGAAAUCUGCACGGUGUAUCUCACUCCCAUCAAACGAGCGACUUAAUGAACUCCCCACACGCGCGCCAGUCGUCGGCGUCGCAUCGGAACUUGGUGUCGCACGGACGGUCAGCCAUGGUGUCCAGCAUGGCCUCCAUACUGGAGGGAGCAGGGGACUACCGCACAGACCACGCUUUGUCUGGCCCCCUGCAUCCGGCAAUGACCAUGUCGUGCGACUCCGGGAUGAGCCUGAGCAGCACCUACACCACGCUGACGCCGCUGCAACACCUGCCCCCCAUAUCCACCGUCUCGGAGAAAUUUCACCAUCCACACCCUCAUGCUCACCAUCAUCCGGCGCACCAGCGACUCGCAGCCGGGAACGUCAGCGGCAGCUUCACCCUGAUGAGGGACGACCGAAGCCUCGCCUCCAUGAGUAACCUCUACGGCCACUACCCGAAAGACAUGUCCGGCAUGGGGCAGCCUCUGUCCCCUCUGUCUAACGGUCUCGGGUCUUUGCACAGCUCCCAGCAGACUCUCAGCGCCUACGGUCCUGGAGCUCACCUCUCCAACGACAAGAUGCUCUCCUCGGGGGGCUUCGAGUCCCAUGCAGCCAUGCUGUCCCGGGGCGAGGAGCACCUGGCCCGGGGACUCGGGGGCCAUGGGGCCGGGCUCAUGACAUCCUUGAACGGCAUACACCAUCACAGUCAUCCGCACUCUCAGGCAAACGGGUCCAUGCUGUCAGACCGGGACAGGCAGACGGUGGUGGGAGGCGGGCAGGGAGCUGGGUCAGGGCAGGUGGAGGAGAUAAAUACCAAGGAGGUGGCACAGCGAAUAACGGCAGAGCUCAAGCGCUACAGCAUCCCCCAGGCCAUCUUUGCUCAGAGGAUCUUGUGCCGAUCCCAGGGAACUCUGUCUGACCUGCUGCGGAAUCCUAAACCGUGGAGUAAACUCAAGUCUGGCCGGGAGACGUUCAGGAGGAUGUGGAAGUGGCUCCAGGAGCCCGAGUUCCAGCGGAUGUCAGCGCUCAGGCUUGCAGCCUGCAAGCGCAAAGAGCAGGAGCAACACAAGGACCGCAACACGGCGCCCAAGAAACAGCGUCUGGUCUUCACUGACCUGCAGCGCCGCACACUCAUCGCCAUCUUCAAGGAGAACAAGCGUCCAUCCAAGGAAAUGCAGAUCACCAUCUCCCAGCAGCUCGGCCUGGAGCUCAGCACCGUCAGCAACUUCUUCAUGAAUGCGCGCCGCCGCUGCGUGGACCGCUGGCACGAUGACCACGGUACCAGCCCCGGGCAGCCAGGCACAUCCGCCACUACCUUCUCCAAGGCCUGAGAGGAGGAGAGGACCUUCAGAGGGCCGGGGAACCAGGUUGGAACAACAGGCAGCAUGGGAGAUUGGCUGUGAAACCUGUCUAUAACAACCCUACCUGGCCUGGGCCGUCUGAAUGUGUCCUCUGCCUGAAAAUCCUUUGUGCCAUGCAAUCAUCUUUUUUGUCAGUCAGAAUUUCAAGCUCUCACCUGAAACAAACAUAAUCUAAAAGGUGAACAGUGAAGUCAGGCUCACUCUGCAUUACUCACAUAAGGACAAUCAUUAAUUCUGUCUUUUUUGAGAGAAAAUCAUUUUUACGGCAUCUGACAAAGUAAAGAGACACCAAAGAUUUGACGUUUUUGUUGGACGGUAUCUGAAUUAUGCUUUACCACCCAAGUAACCACUGAUUCCGAUUUUUUUCUCCCAACUCACCUCCUUUGUGUCUGCCUCUACUCUCUCUCACAUCCCCUCUACGCCGGCACACGGAAGCAACAAGGGCGAAAGAACGGCAAUAAAUCUGACAACAGAACAGCACAUAGCCUUAUUAUCCAAGCCCCAUCCUGCACACACAAGGCCGUCAUAAAGAAAACAACGCAGCCUAUGAAAAAAACAACAAGGCUUUCCAAUUCUCCGCCUCUACCUCCCCCCCUCCUCCUGUAGUCUCCUUCAUUCCUCGGCCAAAGGUAUUCCCUGAUGGCCAGCCAUUUCAGAGAGCAGCUCAGCCUGAUCAUACGGCAAACUAAUGAAUUGAAAAAUUAAUCAAUGCAGACAGAGAGAGCGGGGCCUUGACCCCUCCUGAAGGUGAAACGCAAGACGCUCAGCAGUAGAUACUCAGGUCUUCCUGGCCCAGGUCUAUAUUUUUUGCACAGAUGUUGGAGGCCUGUAGGGAGACAUGUCAUUGUUACUCUUAGCCUGAGCCUAGAGUCUGUGUUUCUCUGACCAACAGGAGAGGCGGGUGAGAUGUCUGGACAUGCUCUUUGUUCUGCUGGGAGCUUUUCCUCUGAUCAAUAACUGAGAACCAAGCGACAACAACACGCUCGGGCAUCCAGCCAACUACAUUACAGCUGCAUACGAAAAAGCAGAGAGCAAGAGGAGCACAUGGAACCCAGUGGAGAUGGGGACACAAAGGCCUCACUACUACCACAGCAGCAGCAGCAGCAACAGCAGCAGCAGCAGCAGCACACCUCUCCCUCCCUUGUCCUGUCUGUGCUGACAGAGCAACAGUGCCCCCUGCUGUCGAUAGCAGAGACCUGUGUCCAGCAGAGCGAGGGGGUUCAGAGUGGAGGAGAGGGAGGGAAGAGCCACUAGAUGCUGAGGAGAAGUCAUGGCACAACACAUUCAGGCCCUCACAGCUCUUUGAAGGCAGAUCAAUAGCUAACCAUUAUCCUAUUGUUGUUCCUCAUCCAACCAGCACUGGUGAAGCCGGAGGAGGGGGAUGGUUAAACUGAAUGCUGAAAACACAGGGAUUUAGCAAAGGCAGGGAUUUAUUUAACCAAUCCAAAAUCUUGUAGAAUCUACAGAAUACAAUUACAGAAAUUACACAAAGAGGGGACAGAAGAGUACAACAGUAACAGUAAAACGUGACAGAAAGGCUUACUAAGACAGGCACUUUUGAGGUGCAGUGGAGGUUUAAUUUACAUUAUUCUGGGAGGCUUCAUAUUUUAUCAGAUCAUUAUUCCAUUUUUCCAUCCCAUCUGUUUACAAAAAAAAAGCUCUUAACAGAUGUGAUUCAAAGCAAAUCUCCUGGUUACUCCCACACAAGGGUUGUCAGUAGCUAACCACCACACUCCGCUGACAAAAUGCUACAAUAAUUAGUGCCAAUGCUUACUGCCUUAAUGCGAAUCAGAGAAUAUGGUACUAGGGUUCACACACAGCUACAGUGCGCCCCACUGAUGACGGGCGGUGUGUGCCAUAGCCAACCAACAAUCAGCUUUUAACUGAAGUAAAAUAUACUUUUUUAGUAAAAAAAGAAAAAAAGAAUCAGAUUUUAAGGCAUACAAUAACCAAACCUCAAAUGACAAAGAUACCACACACACACACACACACACACACACACACACACACACACACACACACACACACACACACACACACACACACACACACACACACACACACACACACACAGUAUGUGUUACAAACAAAAAGAAAAUGUCUCCAACACAUAACUGGACACAUUUUGAAGCAGAAGAAAAAAAUCUCUCAUUCUAUCUUUGGUUCUCUACCUCCUCUUCCCUCUAACCCCAUUGCCCCCCUCUCUUUCUCUCUUCCUCUCUAUAUUGAUGCGGGUAUUCAAUUAGUACCAUAGACACAAAGUUUCUAUUUCUUGUUACUAUUGUGCUCUGUUGUGCGUAAGUAAGGCACCUUGUUGAUAAAUCAAAAACAAAAAAGGAAGGACUUUUUAAAAGGAAAAAAAAGAGGGAUGCAAGGACCGAUGCCAAUGAAGGACGUAUUUUUUUUUGCAUUCUAUGUGAAUAUAGACUCGGAGGAGACAUUUACCAUGAGAAAGAGGAAAAAAAAAGAAAAACAGGGAGCUGCUGAAGAGAAGAAUAAAUGAUGGACGCUUUCUCUCUUUUGGCAUUUCAUGUCAGAACUGUGGUACUCUCAGCCCCCUUUAAGCUGAGCCCCAAGAAUGGGGUAAAACGGAGGGGGACAAAACAAUGACCUCCAAACGUCCUGGCUGAUUCAGUGUGUUUCAUUGGAGGGUGGGUGGGGGUUAAAGCUCGGGACUCAAUAGUUAUCUGUAUGGUCUUAAGAUGCAACUGUAGCAUUUCCAACAAUGUAGUUAGAUUAGCGGUGCAGAUUAGAUAAGAGAUGGUCAUUGUCGAGGAGUUGAUCGGGAGGUACCGACUAACUUCACGUUGCUGUAAGCAGUGAGUUAAGGUCGCCAAAGGAAGAAGAGCUAAAAUUGAUUUGUGGUAUACAGUUCAGUGAGCAUAGGUAAAUAGCUAGAUUCAGCUCUAGGUAUUAGGCUGACAAAAUGGCAUUUGUUUGUAGUGAGAACCAAUGUGGCUACCUCACUAAGCUGAGUGGUUUGUGAAACCGCCACUAAUACCAAAGAUACUGCAGCCUACCGGUCCCAAACUGCCUAGGGGGACAAAAAGAAAAUAGAAAAAAAAAAAAGAACCCCCCUCUUUGCCCAGAACUGUUACAGACAGACAGACACACACAUACAUACAAACACACAAACACAUACAUACAUACAAACAUGUUCGUACUAACAGCGCAGUCAGACUGCAUCGUGCCACAUAGGAGGAGGUGGCUGCCUUGCAGACAGAGUUGAGUGCCUUUUCCCUUCAACCACGGGUGGGACUGCACUGGACACACACACACAUACACACACAUACACACACAUACACACACACACACACACACACACACACACACACACACACACACACACACACACACACACACACACACACACACACACACACACACACACACACACACACACACACAAACACACA